AUGAAUCCCAAAAAUUCCUCAUCUACAUCUGGUAGUUUUGUGUCUGUUGCAAUAACAUCAACUGACAGUGGCUUGAAAAUGAUUUUUUUUCCUGAUAUCUUCCAUCUGGUCACACUAGAAUUCAUUGAAAUUACGGUUCCUAAAGCUUUUCUUGUAAUAGUUUUGCAGGUUCUGAUCAUGUAUGGUCUCGAAAAAUUAUUUGGAUCUGAGGUUGGUUUAUUCUUGACGGGUUGGUUUGGUGUUGUUUUCGAAGAUGAUAUUAUGAAAGUUUCUAACGAGUUGGCUAUUGGAUUGUCGAUUGGUUUCUUAGGAAGUCUUACAACAUUCAGUGGCUGGAAUCAGAAAAUGCUGGACCUAAGCCAUGAAGGACGUUGA